AUGAACGGCACAGCUAAGACCCUCCCGUAUGCUGUCAAUACCCUUCCUUUUUUGGGGAGAGUCAUCGCUGUUACUGGAGCCAGCCGCGGACUGGGUCUAGCUGUUAGCAAGUACUUACUAAUACGCGGUGCCACUGUAUCUAUGUGUGCAACUUCGGUUGACAAUCUGUCUAAAGCCACCAAAGAAAUUGACGCUGAGCUUCCAGACGCCAAGGACCGGUACUGGACGUGUGUCGUAGAUAUCGCCAACUUAGACAGUGUUCGGUCUUGGAUCGAGGAAACUGUAGCUAAAUUCGGAAAGCUUGAUGGAGCCGCAAACGUCGCUGCGGUGGAGCAACGCGAGAUCUUCCCUAUAACCGAUCUCGACCCAGAAUACUUCGCUAGGCUGCUCAACGUAAACGUUGUUGGCACUUUUCAUUGCCUGAAAGAAGAGAUGAAGGUCAUCAAGGACGGUGGCUCAAUCGUUAAUGUUGGAAGCAUUGCGAGCCACUACGGAACGCCUGGCACGUCAGCAUACGUCGCCGCCAAGCACGCGCUCAUUGGUCUUACGAAAGUUGCAGCUUUUGAAGGAGCGUCAAGGCGAAUCAGGGUCAACGCGCUGUGCCCCGGAUGCUUUAAUACAGAGAUGAUGACGAAGCCUUUCAACUCAGCUGCUGGUGAAUUCCAUCUGAAUAAAGACAACAUUCCAUGUAUCUUGAACCGUGAGCUUCCAGAAACAUGGGAGAUAGCCGGAUCGGUCGCUUUCCUGCUGGGCGAUGAGGCCGCGCACGUUACAAAAGCGUCAUGGUCCAUUGAUGACACUAUCAUGCCUCUUCCAUACGCAGACGCCGACAUUACGCAAUUGCAGCGCGAUGCGGACGACAAUCUGCUCACGUACGGGACCGCAUUCCAUCCUGAGAUCAUCACCUCCACCGAUGGCAUCAACGUGCAGACAGCAUCGGGUCACCGAAUGAUGGACUUCACUUCAGGCCAGAUGAGCACUCUGAUUGGGCAUGGCCAUCCUGAGGUUGUGAAAGUGAUCGCGGAUCAUGCGCAACAUCUCGAUCAUCUUUUCAGUGGGAUGAUCAGUCCCCCAGUCAUCAAUCUUGCAAAACGAUUGACUGGCGUUGCGCCGGCUGGGCUCGACAAAGCCUUCUUUCUCAGUACGGGCGGCGAAGCGAACGAAGCCGCAAUUCGGCUGGCCAAAUUCUACACUGGCAAAUGGGAGAUCGUCGGUCUGGCUGCCUCAUGGCAUGGCAUGACAGGCGGGUCACUCGGUGCUCAGUAUCACGCCGGACGGUCAGGCUACGGUCCCAACAUGAUUGGGAACCUAGCGCUGCCGACACCCAACUCCUAUCGAUCGAUCUUCAGACACGCUGAUGGUACGCAUGAUUGGAAGACUGAGUUGGACUACGGUUUCGAUCUUGUAGACAAACAGUCCUGCGGCUCACUCGCAGCGGCUAUCGUCGAGCCGAUCCUAUCGAGUGGAGGUAUGCUGGAGCUUCCCCCUGGAUAUCUGAAGGCCUUGAAAGACCACUGUACCGCUCGAGGCAUGCUUCUCGUUGUUGAUGAAGCACAGACAGCACUUGGCAGAGCUGGCGAUAUGUUCGCAUUCACACACCACCCCGAGGACGAAAGCGUAGUACCGGAUAUCGUGACACUCAGCAAGACGCUUGGAAAUGGCAUACCGCUCAGUGCUGUCUUAACUUCGAACCCCAUCGCCCAGCAUGCCAAAGACAACGGUUUCUUGUUCUACACUACCCAUAUCAACGAUCCACUUCCAGCUGCUGUGGGCGACAAGGUUCUCGAGAUCGUCAUGAGGGACGAGCUCUGCGCUCGUUCCAAGAGGCUCGGUGUCAAGCUCCAAGCAGGACUCAGGCAAUUGCAGACACGCUACGGUUGCAUUGGGGACGUCCGUGGUCGCGGUCUGAUGGCUGGAAUGGAGAUUGUUGGCGACAGAAAGACAAAGGUCGGUGCCCCGGAAGUAGGAGCCGCAGUGUCAACAAAGAUUGCAGAGAUGGGCUUGUGGGCUCAGCUAGCCACGAUGGCCUCGUUCGGUGGAGUGUUUCGGAUAGCGCCACCCAUUACAGUCACGGAGGAGCAAAUCGAUCUCGCCUUAUCAAUCAUCGAGGAAGCGCUUGCAACAACUCCGGGUACGAUGCCACUCUACACUGAUAUCACCGCGCACUCGUAA